UGAAGAACGUCUAGAUUCCAGGAGAGCUGAAGAACGACGUCUCGAUUCCAGGAGAGCUUCUGAAGAACGACGUCUGGAUUCCAGGAGAGCUUCUGAAGAACGUCUAGAUUCCAGGAGAGCUGAAGAACGACGUCUCGAUUCCAGGAGAUCCUCUGAAGAACGACGUAUGGAUUCCAGGAAAGCCUCUGAAGGGCGACGUCUUGAUUCCAGGUCAUACGAAGAACAACGUCUGGAAUCUAGGGCCAUUGCAGGAAAGGACCGGCAAUAUUUCAUCUGGGCUUCCCAAGAGCUGCACCUAAAUUCUCGAAAAGCACGUGCACUGCAACGUCGUUUAAGUCUACCUGGUGAUGGAUUAGAUUUUAACACUAUGUUCAAGAGGCAAUCCGCAGAAGUGAGUGAUGACGUCGAUGAGAAGAAAUUACUCCAUGACACAUAUUUGCAUAUCCCGGGCCAGAAGACGAGGACCGACGAAGUGCUAGUUCAGAAGAUUCCAUAUCACUUCGUUAUGACCGACUUCACUUCAGAGUUUUCUGACAAUGAAAACAGCUAUAAACAGGAAAGAAGCGUAGGUGAUAUACUGAUGAAAGGGUUGUGGACGGGCUUGGCAACACUGGCCCUCUACCACACUCGCCAGGCAUCAGCCUCCAAGCUGGCUGUGUGCUAGACCGUAGGCGUUAACAGACUGAAUCAAAUAAUGUGUCAGGAUUAACAGUUCAUUCUUGUCCAGCUUCUCCAUUAGUUCUCAAAGCAAUACUGGUGUAUGAUAGCUCUACACAGUAUUACAUCUACAACUUCCUGUAACCUACUGUUUUUGCUCGAAUGUUCAACAGGGUUUAACUUGCUUAGUGUCUAUGAUAAAUGAAGCUUAAUAUCAGCAAAACAAUUACAAUGAUCAAGUAAAGAUGAAAAUGACAAAUCAAAUACUACCAUUGCUUUGCCGUCGCCGUUCUCCUGCACACGCACCACGACUUCCCGGACGACGACUCUCGAACGACCUCUGAAUAUGCUCGUUUGAAGUUCAGCGAGGGCCAACAACAGCUCUUUCAUUAACUUUAUUCGAUUUGUCAGCAUGCAUGAUUUAGAACGGAAAAAAAUUCAUGAUGGGUGUUUUUGGCCUUUGCGAAUUGAGUAGAAUUAUAAGGUAUGUUUCAAAUUAUAGUUAUUGCCUAGCGUUCUGUAGCAAGGAAUAGAGAGAAAACAUUUUAUGUACCUGGGAUAUGCACAUGAUAUAUACAUGUAUGUUCCUCAAUGUUAUGUAGUGUGGUUAUUGGGGAAGGUUACUAUAUUUUGUGGAAUAUAACAGAGUUUUCCCCUAAUGUUAGUCUAUACUUGCAUGACUGAUCCAAUGUUUGUAAAACUUAUAAAUCUAUAUGUAAUAAAAACUGAUGCCACGUCAA